ACGAUUUUGCAUCGCUAUCGCGUUGCCGAGACGCGUUGGUCGACUAUUUUUUAUUUGCCUUUAUUUUGUUUUAACUUAGAUUCUAAUUUAAUAAACUGUGCAACAAUAGUAUCAGUUGAUCAUGAGCGAUGUAUUAAAGAGCUCGCAAGAGCGUUCCCGCAAACGAAGACUUCUUUUAGCCCAAACGCUCGGGUUGUCUAGCGUUGAUGAGCUGAAAAAAGUGCUGGGCAAUGCGGAAGAUGGUAACAAUUAUGCUGGCAUUGGCGGCAGUCGCCAGCUUAAUGCCACCGGACAAAGGGACGAGGAGGAUGGAAACGGAAGCGGCGCUUCAUCGUCAAAGAAGACGCCAAAUGAGAUUAUUUACAGGGAUUCAUCGACGUUUUUGAAGGGCACACAGUCUUCCAAUCCGCACAAUGAUUACUGCCAACACUUUGUGGACACGGGCCAAAGACCACAAAAUUUCAUACGCGACGUUGGAUUGGCCGAUCGCUUCGAGGAGUAUCCCAAGUUACGAGAGCUAAUAAAGCUGAAGGAUAAACUUAUCCAGGACACAGCAUCGGCUCCAAUGUAUUUAAAGGCCGAUCUUAAAACACUAGACGUCAAAACACUGGGCACAAAAUUUGAUGUCAUACUAAUUGAGCCACCUUUGGAAGAAUAUGCGCGGGCCGCGCCAGCUGUGGCGACGGUAGGUGGAGCCCCAAGGGUCUUCUGGAACUGGGACGACAUUCUGAAUUUGGAUGUUGGGGAGAUUGCUGCACAUCGCUCCUUUGUGUUCCUGUGGUGCGGUUCCUCCGAGGGAUUGGAUCAAGGUCGCAAUUGCCUUAAGAAGUGGGGCUUUCGUCGGUGCGAAGACAUUUGCUGGAUACGCACAAACAUUAACAAACCAGGGCAUUCUAAACAGGCCAUUCCUAAAGCCGUUUUCCAGCGCACAAAGGAACACUGCCUGAUGGGGAUCAAGGGAACUGUACGACGGUCUAGCGAUGGCGAUUUCAUACAUGCCAAUGUCGACAUUGAUCUUAUAAUUUCGGAGGAAGAGGAAUUUGGCAGUUUUGAGAAGCCCAUCGAGAUCUUUCAUAUCAUUGAGCAUUUCUGUCUCGGUCGUCGGCGUUUGCAUUUGUUUGGUCGCGACUCGAGUAUAAGACCCGGCUGGCUCACCGUUGGACCCGAGCUGACCAAUUCCAACUUCAAUUCGGAGCUAUAUCAAACGUAUUUCGCUGAGGCGCCCGCCACCGGUUGCACAAGUCGCAUCGAAUUACUGCGGCCAAAGAGUCCGCCACCAAACAGUAAGGUUUUGCGUGGUCGUGGACGUGGAUUUCCACGUGGUCGUGGCAGGCCCAGAUAGUCAUCUUUCUCACUUGCAUGUAUUCUAGUUCUUAAGAGCGAAAUUGUUCACUGGUUGUAGCACUAUGAUGCGUGCUUAAAAUGACCCCCUUAGAAGGACUAUUUAAAUGACAAGCGCUAAAGAUUUUCAUAAUCUACGUCCACAAUUUAAUGUACACAAUUCUGCGGGAUUAAUCUCAAGUUUAAGAGACAAUAUUCUUAUGUCAUUGUGCUCCUUAUAAUGCUAGGAUUAAAGCUAAAAAUAAAUACUAAUGCUGCAAA